AUGUGCCAAUCCGACAAUCCCCAUGAAUCCCACUGGCACGCCUUCCUCCAAGGCCUGCCCAAAUGCGAACACCACGUCCAUCUGGAAGGCUGCCUCACCCCCAGCCUGAUCUUCGACCUCGCCUCUAGAAACAAUGUCCAACUACCCCAAACCUCCGAAUACACCUCCAUCGACACUCUCACCGCCCGGUAUGGCAACUUCUCCUCCCUCGAUGACUUCCUCCACUUCUACUUCAUCGGCAUGUCCGUGCUGCACCACGAGUCCGACUUCUCUGAUCUCGCCUGGGCCUAUUUUCAAAAAGCGCACGCCGACGGCGUCCACCACGCCGAAGUCUUCUUCGAUCCCCAGGUUCACCAGGACCGCGGCAUUCCGUACGAGACCAUCGUGCGCGGGUUCGUGGCGGGGUGUGAGCGCGCCGAGAAAGAGCUGGGUCUCUCGACCAAGUUGAUUCUCUGCUUUGUGAGGCACUUACCUGUUGAGUCGGCGGAGAAGACGUACCAGAAGAUUCUGGAGAACGGGCAUUUUGAAAGUGAGGUUGUGCAUGGACUGGGGUAUUCGUCGAGCGAGGUUGGCCCGCCCAAGGAUAUGUUUAGGGAGAUUUAUGCCUCGGCUAGGGAGAGGGGCGUCAGGUUGACGGCUCAUGCGGGGGAGGAGGGCGAUCCCUCGUAUAUUAGUACGGCGUUGGAGAUGGGAGCGAGGCGCAUUGAUCAUGGGAUUCGGUUGGUGGAGGAUGAGGUGCUUAUGGAGAGGAUUGCGAGGGAGGGCAUUCUGUUGACGGUUUGUCCGCUGUCGAAUGUGCAGUUGAAGUGUGUGAAGGAGGUUGGAGAGGUGCCGAUUCGGAAGUUCUUGGAGAAUGGUGUCAAGUUCUCCAUUAAUAGUGAUGAUCCGGCGUAUUUUGGGGGCUAUAUUUUGGAUAAUUAUUGUGCGGUGCAGGAGGCGUUUGGGUUGAGUGUCUUGGAGUGGAAGACUAUUGCUGUUAACAGUGUGAGUGAGAGUUGGAUUGAGGAGGAGAGGAAGAUGGAGUUGAUUAGGAGGAUUGAGGACCAUGUUGGAAGGUUUGCGCAUUUGGCUUAG